AGCCGAAGAUGUCGGCUCGGCCAUGUGAUCAGCUGUGACCAAUCACAGCUGAUCACAUGGGACAUGUACACAGAUCAUCAGAGCACUGAUGAUCAGUGUGCCCUGAUGAUCUGUGUAGCCCCAGCAGCGCCACCUGUCAGUGUCCAUCAGUGCCAGCUCUCAGUGCUCAUCAGGGCCCACCCGUGCCCAGGGCCCAUCCGUGCCCUUUCAGGGCCCAUCCGUGCCACAUUUCAGGGCCCAUCCGUGCCACAUUUCAGGGCCCAUCCGUGCCACAUUUCAGGGCCCAUCCGUGCCACAUUUCAGGGCCCAUCCGUGCCACAUUUCAGGGCCCAUCCGUGCCACAUUUCAGGGCCC